AUGUUGUGCAAAAGGCGUAAACUCUUGUGCCCGCCGCACCUGGUCCUGAAGAGCUGGCAUCACAAUUUGGCCACGACGCUCUCGCUGCAAAAUCAAAAGAAAUCAAAGGGCGAUGAAAAGUUUCGCGUGGAGAAGGACACCUUUGGCGAGCUGAAAGUGCCAGCUGAUCGACUCUAUGGCGCCCAGACCAUGCGCUCGGUGCUCAAUUUUCCGAUAGGCAGCAUUGGCGAACGUAUGCCGAAACCCGUCGUUCAGGCCAUGGGCAUUUUGAAGAAGGCCUGCGCCAAUGUUAAUAAAGAGUUCGGCAUGGACGCCAAUAUAGCGGAUGCUGUGUCGUGUGCCUGCGAUGAGGUCAUCUCUGGGGAAUACUACACCAAGGGCCAUUUCCCGUUGGUCAUCUGGCAGACGGGCUCCGGCACACAGACGAACAUGAACACCAACGAGGUGAUUAGCAAUGCAGCCAUCAAGGCAAUGGGCGGCGAAUUGGGCUCCAAGAAACCCGUGCAUCCCAACGAUCAUGUGAACAAGUCGCAGAGCUCCAACGAUACCUUUCCGGCUGCUUCGCACAUCUCGGUCGCUUUGGAGCUCAAUAGGCGUCUUAUACCAGCCAUUUCAUAUCUACGGGAUGCACUGCAUUGCAAGGCAGUGGAGUACAAGGAUAUCAUUAAGAUCGGCCGCACCCAUCUGAUGGACGCCGUACCCAUGACUCUGGGCCAGGAGUUUAGCGGCUAUGCCCAGCAGCUGACGAAUGGGCUGGCACGCAUCGAUGCGUGCCUGCCGCGAGUCUAUGAGCUAGCCCUGGGCGGCACGGCCGUGGGCACCGGACUGAACACCCCCAAGGGCUUUGCAGAGAAGGUAUCGGCGCGUAUCGCCGAGCUGACAAAACUGCCCUUUGUCACAGCGCCCAAUUUCUUUGAAGCUCUCGCAGCACGCGAUGCAAUGGUCGAAGUACACGGCGCACUGAACACCAUUGCCGUCAGCCUCAUGAAGAUUGCUAACGAUAUAAGAUUCUUAGGUUCGGGACCGCGUUGCGGCUUGGGUGAGCUCUCUCUGCCAGAGAACGAGCCAGGCAGCUCUAUAAUGCCGGGCAAGGUGAACCCCACCCAGUGCGAGUCCUUGACUAUGAUUUGUGCACAGGUGAUGGGUAACCAGGUUGCGGUAACUGUAGGCGGAGCCUUUGGACACUUUGAAUUGAACGUAUUUAAGCCUUUAAUUGUGUCGAAUGUGCUACGCUCCAUACGCUUGCUCGCGGAUGGUGGCGUCAAUUUUAGCAAGAACUGUGUGGAGGGUAUUCAGCCGAAUCACGAGCGCAUUGCCAAGAUCAUGAAUGAGUCUCUUAUGCUGGUAACGGCUCUUAAUCCCCACAUCGGAUAUGACAAGGCCGCCUCAAUUGCCAAGACGGCGCAUAAGAAUGGAACCACACUUAAACAGGAGGCUAUCAAGGCUGGCAUCACCGAGGAACAAUUUAAGGAAUGGGUAGACCCUAAGAAGAUGCUUGGUCCCAAAUAACUGUAUCAUCUUUUGUAUCGAGUACUUUUUUAAAUGCGAGAUUUGAAUAAAAUAUCUGACUGAACACAUCGA